AGCUGCACUCUGCGCUCGGCAGCUCGGGCUGCGGGCCGGGUCCGGGUCCGGGUCCGGAGCGAGCUCUGCGGACCAGGAGCCGAGUGCCGGCCGGAGCCCGAGCUUCAGCGGCAGACGAGAGGGCAGUGCGCGGAGAUGGCGGCCGGGGCGAUGGCGGCAGAGUCAGGGAUGGAGCCGCGGGCGCUGCAGUACGAGCAGACCCUGAUGUAUGGCCGAUACACUCAGGACCUUGGGGCCUUUGCCAAAGAAGAAGCUGCUCGGAUCCGCUUGGGAGGGCCUGAGCCCCGGAGGGGCCCCUCCUCCCCUCGGACUUCCCCAGAACUCCUGGAAUAUGGACAGAACCGUUGCACUGGGUGCCGCAUCUGCUCCGUCCGCUGCCACAAGUUCCUGGUGUCCAGGGUCGGUGAAGACUGGAUCUUCCUGGUCCUGCUGGGACUCCUUAUGGCACUGGUCAGCUGGAUCAUGGACUAUGCUAUUGCUGCCUGUCUGCAAGCUCAGCAGUGGAUGUCCCGGGGCUUGAACACCAACAUCUUGCUCCAGUACCUGGCCUGGGUCACCUACCCCAUCGUCCUGAUCACUUUCUCAGCAGGAUUUACACAGAUCCUGGCUCCUCAGGCUGUCGGGUCUGGCAUCCCCGAGAUGAAGACCAUCUUGCGGGGAGUGGUGCUGAAGGAAUACCUCACUCUCAAGACGUUUGUAGCCAAGGUCAUCGGGCUGACCUGUGCCCUGGGCAGUGGCAUGCCACUCGGCAAAGAGGUGACUGCAGGAUGGGGGAUAAUGGAGCCCCUCCCCAGUGGGAGAAUAGCCAGGCCAAGGUGGGCCUCUACUCCACUCACCAUCUGCCCCCUCCCCCAGGGCCCUUUUGUGCAUAUCGCGAGCAUGUGUGCCGCCUUGCUCAGCAAGUUCCUCUCCCUCUUUGGGGGCAUCUAUGAGAAUGAAUCCCGGAACACAGAGAUGCUGGCCGCUGCCUGUGCCGUGGGAGUGGGCUGCUGCUUUGCGGCGCCUAUCGGAGGUGUCCUGUUCAGCAUCGAGGUUACCUCCACCUUCUUCGCUGUGAGGAACUACUGGCGGGGCUUCUUUGCCGCCACCUUCAGUGCCUUCAUCUUCCGGGUCUUGGCUGUCUGGAACCGUGAUGAAGAGACCAUUACUGCUCUCUUCAAAACCCGAUUCCGGCUUGACUUCCCCUUUGACCUGCAGGAGCUGCCGGCAUUUGCUGUUAUUGGUAUCGCUAGUGGCUUCGGGGGCGCCCUCUUUGUCUACCUGAACCGGAAGAUUGUCCAGGUGAUGAGGAAGCAAAAGACCAUCAACCGCUUUCUCAUGAAGAAACGCCUGCUCUUCCCGGCUCUGGUGACCCUGCUUAUCUCCACUCUGACCUUCCCUCCUGGCUUUGGACAGUUCAUGGCGGGACAGCUCUCACAGAAAGAGACACUGGUCACCCUGUUUGACAACCGGACGUGGGUCCGCCAGGGUCUGGUGGAGGAGCUAGAGCCGCCCAGCACCUCACAGGCCUGGAGCCCACCACGUGCCAACGUCUUCCUUACACUAGUCAUCUUCAUUCUCAUGAAGUUCUGGAUGUCUGCUCUGGCCACCACCAUCCCUGUGCCCUGUGGGGCCUUCAUGCCUGUCUUUGUUAUUGGAGCAGCAUUUGGGCGUCUGGUGGGUGAAAGCAUGGCCGCCUGGUUCCCAGAUGGGAUCCACACAGACAGUAGCACCUACCGGAUUGUGCCCGGGGGCUACGCAGUGGUAGGGGCGGCUGCGCUGGCAGGAGCAGUGACACACACAGUGUCCACAGCGGUGAUCGUGUUCGAGCUCACAGGCCAGAUCGCCCACAUCCUGCCUGUCAUGAUCGCAGUCAUCCUGGCCAAUGCCGUUGCCCAGAGCCUGCAGCCCUCCCUCUAUGACAGUAUCAUCCGCAUCAAGAAGCUGCCCUACCUGCCGGAGCUGGGCUGGGGCCACCACCAGCAGUACCGGGUGCGGGUGGAGGACAUCAUGGUACGGGACGUUCCCCACGUGGCCCUCAGCUGCACCUUCCGGGACCUGCGGCUGGCCCUGCACAGGACCAAGGGCCGCAUGUUGGCCCUAGUGGAGUCCCCUGAGUCCAUGAUUCUGCUGGGCUCCAUCGAGCGCUCACAGGUAGUGGCGUUGCUGGGGGCCCAGCUGAGCCCGGCCCGACGGCGGCAGUACAUGCAGGCACCUCGAGCCACCCAAACCUCUCUGCCAUCUGAUCAAGAGAGUCCUCCCAGCCCGGAGACUUCCGUCUGCUUCCAGGUGAGGGGAAAAGCCCCCCCACCUACGCUUCCUGAACAUCACUGUGUAGACAAUCAGGAGGCCAGCAUAGAGGGUGUCCUAGGGCCACGGCCUCGCCAGCCCCUUCCUCCCAUGCAGGUGAACGCUGACGACCCAGGCUUCUCUGCAGCUCGCAGGGAGAGUAACAAGCCCCUAAAGCCCGCUCUCAAGAGGGGGUCCAGCAACACCAUGAACCUCGGGGAGAGUCCCACAGGUGAGCCGUCUCCCACCAGCGUCUCCCCUCUGUCCUCCGAUAGAGCCUCAGCUGGGCCAAGCUCGGUUAAAGUCCCUGCCCAGCCCAUGUGCUGGAAGAGGCUGCCCAGAGGGCAGGUAGAGCUGGGACACCCCUCCCCCGCCCACCUCUCCUGGCCCUCUCAAAAGAUGACAUUGCCCCGGGGGCCUUGUGUUUGGCCCACAGGGAACAGGGAGACCACAGGCAUUGCCCUCAGGAGCCUCUUCUGUGGCAGCCCACCUCCUGAGGGGGCUUCAGAGUUGGAGAAGUCGGAAUCAAGUGACAAGCACAAGCUGAAGCGGGUCCGAAUCUCUUUGGCGAGCGACUCCGACCUGGAAGGCGAGAUGACCCCUCAGGAGAUUCUCGAAUGGGAAGAACAGCAGCUGGAUGAACCGGUCAACUUCAGCGACUGUAAGAUUGACCCCGCCCCCUUCCAGCUGGUGGAACGCACCUCCUUGCACAAGGUAGAGCCCUGGGCCUGGCCUCACAGAAGGACAGGCUGGGGACCUAGGUCCCCCACACAAGUUUGGACCCUGGGCCAGAGGGGAAGAAAAGAGGUGCGGAGAGCGGGCUCAGUGCUGAGAUGUUUGCAGCCACCCACGUUGCUUCAAGAAUGGCAGCAAAAUGGGGGACAGGGAGCCAGGGCCCCCUGCCUCUUCCUGCUCUCCUGUGGGGCCGGGCGUCAGUUUUCCUCUGCUCUGCCCUGCCCCCGGGGAACUCUGGACCAAAGCAGCAACAAAGACAGGGCUGGAACUGGGUGGAAGCCAAAAGGCCAGGCCAGGGUCAGAGCUAGGCAGGAGGCUGCCAGAGCCUAACAAGGCUGAUACACCCACGCUGAAAAAAAAAAAUGGGUGAAAAACAGGCAGGAUAAGAAAAUCCAAUAAACAAGCUAAGCAACUCCCAAGCAGGGGUGAGGACACUGCAGAGAAGAGAUAAACAUAGAUGAGAAAUGCCCAGUGGGGGCUCAGAAUGUCAGACCCCAGAAAGUCUGAUUUAAUGUGGGCCAAAGGGGAACCGGUAGGGACGCAGGAAGGGAAGACAGCUCAGCAGAAUGGGAAAACAGCCUUUCAAGAAGAGGUCGCAGAAAUCCGUUACUGUUGAGUCAAUUCCAACUCUACAGUGACCCCAUAUAGGACAGGGUAAAACUGCCCCAUAGGGUUUGCAAGGAGCAACUGGUGGAUUCAAACUGCCAACCUCUUUCUUGUUCAGCAGCUGAGGUCUUAACCACCGCACCAUCAGGGCUCCAGGCCACAGGAAAGGGGAGAGAAAUUGAGCACAGACAGGUUGGUGGUGCAUGAGGCCAAUUCAGAGGGAGGAGCUCUCUGUAGAGGCUGCUUCCUAUGCUCCUGAAGAGGGGGCAGCAGCUUCCCAGGGCGCCUCCAGGCUUCCACGUUACAGAGGCAGUACAGGCAUGUGCAGCAGGCUGGUGGGAGAGCUCCUGGGAUCAGCAAAAGCUGAGGGGUGUUUUAGGUAAAUUUCUGACAUUUAACAUGCGAGGCCUCCAAGGCAUGGGAAGAGAGGCACAAUGGGUGAACAUUCCCAAGGCUGCCCCUUGGGCUUCCAGCUCCUGCCCUGUGGCACACACCACCCUGCCUAAGAGCCAGCAGAGCACAGGCAAGUAGGGGUUGAGUCAGGAAGGACACAGGACAAAAGAGAAACAAAAAAUCAAAAGGUAAUAAACUUACAAGCCUUUGGGUAAAGACCUCAAAUCUGAGUGAGUGGGUGAACCAUGGUGAUAUUGCAAGAAAAAAGGAGAGAGGCCUGAGAAGAAUACAUUCAUUCGGCUUUUUCUUUAAAAACCUUCUUCCUAAGACCUCUACAGCUUUUUCACAGUGAUCCUAAUCCUUAAACAUUUCAUGACGAUCAGCAGGAAGAUGAAGAAAUCUAUCACUGCAGCUGACUUGACUUGAGUGCUUGCUGGGUGCUGGCACUACACUAGUCUCUUCGCGUGUUUCCAUUAACCCUCACACCACACUGUAAGUUACUGUGAUACGGCAGUUUUUAUAGAUGAGGAAAUUGAGAUUCAGAGAGACGAAGCCAGUUGCCCAAGGUCACACAGCUAGGAAGUGGCAGAACUGCAGUCUUCGUCAUGGAGAAACUGAGGCCUGCAGUGAGGAGGUGACUUGCCCGAGUCGGCACAGCAGUCAGGCCCAGAGCCAGAUAUCCUGGCCGCAGUCCCAGGGUUCUUUGAAAAGGCCACGUUGUCCCUUUCCCUGUCAAUUCACUUUUCCGAAGCCUGAGAAGUGUGGGCCCACCAAUGGGCUCCUGGGUGUCUAAUUAAAUUAAAAUCAAAAAGAACAAAAUAGGUGUUUGUUACAAGCUUAAAAAUCAGAGGAAGAGAAGAAGCCUUUGAGGAACUGAGUAACAAAAAGUACAAAGAACUGGAAGCGAUAAGAAGGUAAAUGUCCUCGAAGGCCUGAGGAAUCAGUAAGUCGUAGCCCAGUUCAGAGGGGAACAUCCAGAGAGGAGAGAGUGCCCUGGAAACUAUUUAGGGACCUGUGCAACUGGAGACCAUCAUACAGAUAAGCACCUCACUCCUUCAGAGGCCACCUACGGAGAAGGAGCCGGGGAGGCUGAGUGCUAGUACUAGGGCCAGACUACCCAUUGCCGUCUAGUCGAUUCCGACUCAGUAGCGACCCUAUAGGACACAGAAGAACCACCCCGUAGGGUUUCCAAGGAGCAGUUGGUGGAUUCAAACUACCGAUCUUUUGGUUAGCAGCUGGGCUCUUAACCACUGCCACGUUAGCUGUGUGAUGCCAGCAGGUCUCUGCCUCUUUGUGCCUCGCUUUCCUUAUCUGUAAAAUGGGGAUAAUAAUAGUACCUACCUCAUGGGUAUUUCUGAAAGUUAAAGGAGUGAAUUCAUGUGAAGCACUGUGCCCGGGAUAGUAUUCAAUGUUAAGAAUUACUACUUACACUGAGAGAUGAACAAUGGAGGAUGUAAGUGAGAAACCAGCCCUGCCCUCAAGGAAUCCAGUCCCUUCAGGAAGAUAGACUUGUCAAGCAGUAAUUAUGCUCUGUUGUGAUACAAAUCUCUGGCAGAGACAAGCACACAAUACUGAAGGAGCUUGGAGAGGGUGACUCCGAACUUGGAGGGUUAAAAACAGCCUCAGAGAGGUGAUUUUUUUUUUUUUUGCAUGGAGAGCCAGAAGGAUUAACAAAAAAA